CCCAGCGCCUUCUUGUGCCCCAUCAGUCGCGGCAUCAUGAAGCAGCCCGCCAUCACCCCCGACGGCAGCACCUUCGACCGCGAGUUUCUAGCCAGAUGGAUCUCGACCAAGGGAACAGACCCCAUGACCAAGAAGCGACUGCAGCUGCAUGAAAUCGCCCCCAACCGCGCCCUCCGUUCCCUCAUCGAAGAGUGGAUCAGACAGCGC